UGGCCGAGUGGUCUAAGGCGUAGGAUUAAGGCUCCUAUCCGCAAGGGCGCAGGUUCAAAUCCUGCCCGUAUCACUAUUGUCUUUUCUAAACGUCAAUGCUUAUAUAUACUACGGUCUGCCCUGGCUAUACCACAGCAGUUAGUAGCUGACAGGCCUGAAUCCGUAUCCCUGGGCUGA